CGUCUUUCCUGCCGAGAGGGACGCGGUAAGCCGGGCCCCCAACCAGGGCGACGAGGUUGCGUGUCGCGACAGCUAGGAUGUCGGCGCAGGAGACAAUGUCGGGGCAUUCGAGCUCGAGUGCGGUCUUGGCGCGGACCACCGUGUCGAAUGCGUCCCCUGGGAGGUCGAGGUUGAGGCUCGGGUCGCGCUCCGUCCUGUGGAGUGGGGACGCGGCGACGAGUGUCGAGGCGUCGCAUCCCUCGACCAUGCAGUCGUGGAAGAAGAGGCGGAGGACGGCCGCGGCGGUGGUCGGGGUGGUGUUCUGUUUCUGUGCGACGGUGUCUCGCAUGAUGUCGUCGAACUUGGGGCAUGUUUUGGCGUAGUAGUCGUAGGUGAGCUGGGAAUGUGAGAGCGGUGGAAGAAGCACCGUGAGUAGGAAGAGGAGGAGCGGUGGGAGAAGUGUCGUCGUCGUCGACGUCAUGGCGGUUUCCCGGCGAGUUUGGGAGGGAGAGGGGAAUGUGGAAUGUGAUGAAAAUGAUCUUUAGGUUGGACUGGACUGUAGCGAACGGCCGACCACUUAUUUGUUUGAAGUUUGAACGCAUGAUUGGAGUUUGAAGAGACUACAAGAUCCACCGCCUGCUGCUGGAGACGUGUGAAAAUCGAACCGAACCCAUCGUCCUGCCCCACACUCACUAAAAAUGUAUAUAAUAUAUAGUAAACCCUCCCUCUCCGAACGAACAUUCUCCCACAACUUGCUUUUUUUUUUUUCCACUUUCGCUUCCAUCCCCACCGCUACAAAGAAUUUCCUCCCGACGGCCACCCCCUAUGGCGGCGGUCGGAGCAACAACCACGACGCUACUGCUGAUUCUGCUGCAAAUUCCAUUUCUCCUAUUCCUUAACACUUCCGCUGAACCCCUAAACUCCCAUCUGAGCUCCGCCGUACCCGAAUCGGGGAGCUCUUCGGCCAAGGAGCGGAUCGCGGCGCUGGCGAAUGACGAGGCGACGGUGGAUUGGAUGCGGCGAGUGAGGCGGAAGCUUCACGAGAACCCGGAGCUUGCGUACGAGGAGUACGAGACGAGUGAGCUGAUCAGGGAAGAGCUCGAUCGGAUGGGCAUUUCCUACCGGUGGCCGGUCGCCAAGACCGGGAUCGUGGCGACGAUUGGGUCCGGCGAGCCGCCGUUCGUUGCUCUCCGAGCGGAUAUGGAUGCUCUGCCUAUCCAGGAGAUGGUUGAAUGGGAGCAUAAGAGCAAGGUGGAUGGGAAAAUGCAUGCUUGUGGCCAUGAUGCUCAUGUUGCAAUGCUGCUUGGUGCUGCAAAGUCUGUGGCUCUCUUGGCACUUCUGCACAUGGCGUUUUCUUCUUCUUUUGUAUUGGAACUCAAAUCAGAAAAUGUGGUACCAGGGAACUGUGGUCCUGAUAUUUCAACCAGCAGAGGAGAAGGGGAAUGGCGCAAAAGACAUGAUACAAGAAGGUGCACUAGACAAGGUGGAAGCAAUUUUUGGGAUUCAUGUAGCUCAUGUCUUCAAUGCGGGUUCGGUUGCUUCCCGGCCUGGGCAGUUCCUUGCUGGAUGUGGAAGCUUCAAGGCGAAGAUCACCGGAAAAGGGGGUCACGCAGCAAUUCCUCAGAAUUCCAUCGAUCCAAUUAUUGCAGCUUCUUCAUCAGUCAUCAGCUUGCAGAACAUAGUUUCAAGGGAAGCUGAUCCUCUAGAUUCUCAGGUGGUUUCCGUGGCAAUGAUCAAUGGAGGAAACGCAUUCAAUGUGAUUCCAGAUUCGGCCACCAUAGCCGGAACAUUCAGGGCUUUCAGCAGGGAAACUUUCAAGGCCCUCAGGGACAGAAUCAAAGAGGUUAUUGGAGCACAAGCCGCUGUGCACAGAUGCACCUCAGAAGUGGAUUUCGAUGGAAAAGAACACCCCAGCAUCCCGCCAACCGUCAACGACCCUGAGAUCUACGAGCUAGCAAGGCAGGCCUCAGUUGACAUAGUCGGGGAAUCCAAUACUAAGGUGUCUCCUAGCUUCAUGGGGAGUGAAGAUUUUGCUUUCUACUUGGAGAAAGUACCUGGUUCGUUCAUGUUUGUAGGCAUUAGGAAUGAGAAACUUGGGGCCAUAUACCCUCCCCACAACCCUUACUUUUCCAUAGAUGAAGAUGCCUUGCCUGUUGGGGCAGCUGUACAUGCAUCUUUUGCACAUUCUUUCCUCUCUAGUUCAACUAGAAAUUUGAGUUCGUAGUUCUUCCUUUUAGAUUUUUCAUCAGUAAAUAGUUAGUCUUAUCUUCACUUUUCCAUUCUUUUUUCUUCUUCCACUUCUAUCUUGACAUAUGUAAAGCUUUUGAUGAAUGAGCAAAGGCUUGAAAUGUUAAACCUCAGAUUUAGAACAAAGCAGCAUUCAAAUGCA